AUGUCUUAUGGCACUGGUUAUUCCGCACCACCGCCUGCUUACUCUCCUGUUCCUACAGCUGGACCUUCAUCAACUGCGCGAGAUUUUGAUGAAGACUUACCUGAAGAUUUCACACAUAAGGUUUAUGUUCCCGUUAUCGAACAGGAUAUCGGUGUUCGUUUAGCCUUUAUGCGCAAAGUUUAUUCAAUAUUGUUUGCACAAUUAUUUCUUUCUACUUUUACGGCUGGAUUUAUGAUCUAUAAUAAGAACCUUAAAGAUUGGGUUCAAACAAAUACUUGGGCUUUCUUUGUUGCAUUUUUCGCAUCGUUUGUGUUUAUUCUUCUACUUGCGUGGAAACGUCGUUCUUAUCCACUUAAUUAUGUUUUUUUGACUGGAUUUACACUUUUAGAAAGUUAUACUGUUGGAACAGCCGUGACAUUCUAUGACCAAGAACUAGUUUUACAAGCUUUAAUCAUGACGACUGGUAUUUUUGUUGGACUCACUUUGUUCACUUUCCAAUCUAAAUGGGAUUUUAGCGGAAUGGCCCCCUAUUUAUUUGGAGGUCUUUGGAUCGUAAUUAUCGUUGGAUUUGUUGCAAUAUUUCUCCCAUUUAAUAGAACAUUCGACUUAAUUUUAGCCAUUGGAACUGCCCUUUUAUUCUGUGGAUUUAUUAUCUAUGACACUUUCAACAUCAUGAACAGAUUAAGUCCGGAGGAAUACAUCGUGGCAUCGGUUGAUCUUUACCUUGAUUUCGUCAAUUUGUUCUUGGCCAUUCUCAGGAUUUUGAAUGAUUUAAAUCGAGAUUAA